CAAUCAGUAUAAAAAGAUAAUAAAAAUCAGUAAAAGCAUUUAAAAACACUAUCUUUCAUCAUUUUUUAAGCUCAGUCUUCAGUAAUUGUGGUGUUUAUGUUUUACGCGCAGCAACAAAGCCACAGCGGUCAUUUCCCGCCAUUAUUCGGAAAGAAAACUUUUAAAACUGGCUCGCCAGAAUGUUAUCGGCAGAUGAUUUAGAAAGGCUAAUUACAGCGAAAAGGUGUGAGAUAGAGCAAGAAAAAACUUCCCUGGGCCUUUCGCUGUGUAACAAUAACGUAGAAAACAACAAUAAUAAUUCAACGACUGUAAACCCAGUGAAAGUCAACCGUCCUAGAGCCUUGUCUGAAAACAACGUCCCGCAAGAUGCGUGUCAUGGCGAAAAGCUACCCGACGCAGACGAAAUAUCGCCUGAUCUAGAGAGAUAUAUAAGGCGCUACGUAGGAUUGCCAGCAAUGCUGAAGGCCGGCGAGUACUCGCCCAACAACCCGCUGAUCCGCGGCGAGAGAAACUCCGGCGAUGUUCUCCUCGGCCUCGGCGAGUACGAGCGCCGCCGCAACACGCUGCGCAAGAUACGGCAGCGCCAGUACAAGGAGUACCUCGAUCAGCAAGCAAAAAAGAAACAAGAGGCCAAAGAGCAAGCGGAACGCGAACUUAAGGAGAGGGAAGAAAAAGAGAGACUUCGUGAGGAGAGAGAAAGAGAAAGAUUAGAGUUAGAGCGAGUGGACAGUCCGGAGAGAAGAAGAUCCAGUGUCAGCCAUUCUUAUGUGUCGGGAGCUAACAAUACAUAUACCACGAAGGUGGAUACGGGCGUUCAAGUAGACCACCGAAGCAAUCCGCUGUCGGUGGCCGUGCAGACCGACGACGACACGCUGUACAGAGUAGCCCCAUCUCCAGUCCAACAUCUCUUGACGCAAGCGGAAAGGGAACUGUCCCCACGCACUGUGGGCGAUGAGAAACAAAUGCAAUACGCAUCCCAGCAGUGGGACUGGAAAACGUGGGACAGAAACAACGAACGACGACGAAGCUAUGGGGACUUUGAUGACCGCAUGUCCGUGGCUCGCAAGCCCCGCGACAGACUGGCGUCAGAACUCCGCCACAGCUACAUGCCGUCCAUAUUUGAUGCGGAGGCCAUCCGACUGAGGAACGAAAGGGUUGAGAAGGAAGCAGCGGAAAGACGUCACUCCUACCAGCAGGAGCUGAAGAACCAAAUCCUUGAGCAGCAGAGAAUAAAAGAAGAGAGAAAGAAUAGAGAAAAAAUGUUGGAGCAGGCGGAAAUGCGCAGACUUGAAGAGCAACUGCGAUCGCUGAAAAUGGCGCAGGAGAGAGAGAUAGACAGACAUCACGAGAUAAACACCGAGGUGAAGGAGAACGCAACUGAAUACGAAAGAAAGAGAACAACUCUCCAAAAAGAAAUAGAUUUAGAACAUCAAGCUCUCUUAAAUGCUGCUAUCCACCCUAAGAGAUACACUAAUACAUCGAAAAGCGACUCUCCAGUACAUUCCAAACUUCCAUUUUUCUAUCAAAAGCCUCCAUAUUCCACUAAUAUACCAGAUAAUUCAAUUUUCUCUAAAAACUACGAUGUCGAAAGCUACCUGAGAAGAAAUCUUAAUCCAGCCAAGGAAAAUUUAUGCUCUAAUAAAAUAGAUAACAGGAAUGUAGUUAUAGAAAAAGCCUUAGUUCAUGAAAGACCGAGAGAAAUGAGAAAUUACCCGGAAAAUAUUGAUAGGGUAUACGAAAAAGAGCAGCCACAGUUUCCGGAUUAUAUUGAAAGAGAUGCGAGAAAUUUUGCCGAAACUAUUGAUAAACCGACGAGGAAAUCCACAGGAAAAACUGAUAGGUUCCAGGAAUAUUCUAAAGAUGUAAGAAAAAUUCAGGAAAAAGAUACGAGAAAAUUUUCGGGAAACAUACAUCAAACACUUGAAGAUUCCGUAGAUUUCAACAAAAUGUCGGAUAGUAUGGUGAAGAUGAGGAGUCGGGAUGAAAAAGUGGCUGAUACUUUGCCUAUUCCUGUUCUGAGGCAUUCUCCAAAAUUAAAGGUAAAUUUCGAGAAGAAAUCGUCGGAACUUAGUGAAAAAAUGCAGAUGGUGGAGGAUAAAUGGAAGGUACCUGUAGUACAAAAGAAUAUACUAAAGUCUUUGCCAAACGAGAAAGGUAAAAACGUAAGUAUUCUUACACAGCUGGGUUCAAUAAGACGCCAAUUGCAGUUGGAACAGUUAAAAUUAGACAAAAUGCUGUCUAAAACGCAAAAUUGAAUUUAACAUAUUUCUUUUUACAUUUGGUGUAUACAACGUGUAACCGAAUUACGAAAUACUGUUGAAGGCCAAAUUACCCUGUAAAAUUAUUAAAUCAAAAGAAGCAUUAGAUAUGUGAAU